AUAACCGCCCACAUGUUCUCUCUCCCUCUCUCUUCCACAUUCCCCAUUUUACCUCAUCUUUCUUCAGUGAGAUUUGCCUUCUCUUUCUUCAGUGAGAUUGAAUAGCAUUUCAAUUAGUUUUUUAUGUCUUAGAAGAGGAGGAAACCCUAACCCUAGAUCUUAGAAGCUCUCUCUCUGUUCUCUAAUGGCGAAGUUUGCUGAUGCUCGCGCUGGCGAUCCCAAGGUUGGAGAGAAAAUCUCACUGAACAUGAGGUUUCAAUGUUACAGUCAUCCUGUAUUUUCAAAAAACAACAAAACAAAUCCUAAAAAUUCACAGUCCAUUUGAUUGUCAUUUAUAUACGUUUGUCCACUUUCGGUCUCAAAUUUUCUCUCCCCUCCCAAUAUUAGAGAGAGAGAGAAGAGGAGAAAGGGAGGAUCUUGGGAGCUCUAUUGGAUCUUUUCUUGAUUCUUUCAGGUUGCAGUUUCUUUCCUUUAUCUCUACUUUCAUUCCAGUUUCCAGCCAAGCAAUAUCUAUUAGAGUUGAAAAUAUCACUUUUUGAUUGAUGGAUUCUUCCUAUUGAUCCUAAACCUCAAUUGGGUCUUAGGGUUUUGAAGUUCUAAUAGCAAAAUAUUUGAUUGAUUUUGGAUUCAUGGGCUACUCUCUUUGAUGUAAGAAAUUGCGUUUUUUUCAAGUUGAGAUUUCAAUGGAGACAAGGUUCAAUCAGAAGAGAGCGGAAUCAGACAGCUGCCCUUUUCGAAAAUUUAUUAGAAGGCAUAUAUCUAAGGAUGAUGCAUAUAGUUCAAAAGAAAGCUCUUUAGAGGCAUCAGUGGCAUCUGCAAGUGGAAACAAUGGAGAUCAUUCAAUGAUUCAGGAAGAAUUUGUGAGUGAUGAGAGUGCUUUGUUGAGCUUGCAUCCAUGGAUUUUUAAGAAGGAAAGCUAUCAAGAAGGAACGAAUAAUGGUGUUGAGAAAAGUAGAGGCUCUCUUAGGAGCAGGAGGUUUCGAAGAUUUUUGGUUAAGCCAGUUACAUUUACGGGCAACUACAUGAAACCUUUCGCUGAACAAGUUGAAAUGGAUGAGUAUUGUAUUGAUUCUCCUCCCAAUUCACCCACACCAAGUUUGAGACCAUUUGUUGUAACUGAUGAGAGAAAAAUAAUUAGCAAGUCCAGUUUCGACUAUUUCAGCAUGCGGCAUGAAAAUCCAUUGUUGAAGGAGGAUGAUUUACAUAAGGAAGCUGAUAUGAUUAAUUCGGUUGCAAAGAGAGCUGUGACAGGGGCUCCUCUUUUACCAAACUCGGGAAAGAUGAAGAGAAAGAGUAGCGAGUUGCAGGAUGGAAGUGUCGAGGCUUCUAAUUCAAUGAACCCUUGCAAAAUUUUGCAGUUGGAAGACUUAAUAUAUUUGCGCCUAUCGCGAUAGCGGCACUUGCAGUGCUGGUACCAGUCAAUUGGACAAACGACACUCUAGAGAAAUCAUCAAUAGUACAUAGUGACAUAGAUAAGCUUUCCAUAUCAAACAUCAAAAUUGGAUCCCAGAGGUCAAGUUUAAGAUUGACAAUCCAUCAGAAUUACAAGCUGAAGAUUAAUAAUAAGAAAGCAUUAUCGCUAAAGCACAUAAAAUUUCUUGAGGUUGUCAGAAGUCAAAAAGAGCAGAAAGAAAAUCUUGCGUUCCAAGCUGUACAGUUUACUAUGUCAAAAAUUUUGCUAAUUUUAAGUUAAAGCAUGUCAAAUAUGUUGGUUGAGGAUUAAUUCAAUAGUGACUUGAUAAAGGGGUUUCUUUGGUUUGCUUGGAGUAAUUUUAUUGUGUGGUUUAAUUGGGUAAAAUUUUGUGUAGACAUGAAGAAAGUUGAUUGUGCGUUAGUAAUUGUUUGGCAAUUUGUUUAAUUAUUGACAUUGACUUGGAUAACUUGAGGAUUACUAGGUAGUUUGGGUAACUUGAGGAUUUUGUUGUUAGCGGAAUGCAUUUUUUUUUAAUUUGUAGUAUUAUAGAUCUUUUUGUUACUAAUGUGGGAGAAUUAUAUGAAAUUUAGAUGUUUGAUAAUAAUAGUAAUAAGCUUAUUAGUUGAUUAUGAGUAAUAUUCAUGUUUGGUAAUGAUAGUAAUAAGCUUAUGGGUUGACUGUUAGUAAU